GAAUGGUUUUUCAACGCCAGCGGACUCGACCCCCAGCCGGAGUACGACACCGAGUUCUUGCCACUAUCUGCGCCCUACGACGAAGACGGGGGUGCGGAAGACGAAGAUAUAGGGGUUGAUCAUCACAUCAUGGCGCUCCCAACAGCCCGCAGAUACGAACACAUUGCUGGCCCGGGCUGCUGCAAUCUUCGAGGCUAUCACGGGGAUAUGAUUACUCUCGACGAGAUGAUAGAUUGUCAUACCGUGCAGGGGCUCUACAAGAAGACGAAAGACUGGACACCGAUGGAUGACGACAUGGACUUUGAGAGGGAUUCAAAGAAUUACUAUCUUACGGGGCUCUCAGAUUGCAUGCCUCCGAAUGGAGGAGAUGUGAAAUGCGCACCAAUUCGCGGUGCAGCAGACUGGUUCCAUGCGUCCAACCUUAGCGAUACAUGGAAAAAUCUCUUUGGAUGGGGAACCUAUGUGCUCCCAUUCCACCCUACCUGCUUUGAAAUAUUCAUCAGGAUAAGCAAGCAGCAAAUGGGCAGAGUCAGCCUCGAUUCACUGAUGAAGCUUGAAAGCACCGGAUCCCGGAACAUGUUUGGUGAACGGCAUCCCGACAUUGUGGAUGCGAGAAACAAGGGCUGGAAGUGGAGCUGCUUGCUUGGCACGGAGUACCUCGCUGCCAAUCCCGUCUUCAUCUCCGGCUUUCGAGAGAUUUGUGAUGCUGCUAUUUCUGACGCCGAGGAUUUUGAUAGCCAAAACAGUCCGUUUCCAGAACGGACUGAGGAGCAAGAUGUUUCUGCAGAGAGAGAUGAUCCAUUCUGGAAGUUGCCAACAGAGCUUAAGCAUACGAUUGCUUGGCAUCUCGACUCAAGGGAUAUAGCUGCGCUGCGAAUGGCAUCUCGAGCCUUUUACCACCUCCCCAUGACUUUAUGGCAUACAUUGAUGGUGCGGGAAAUGCCAUGGGUGUACGAAGCCUGGUGUGAUGACCCUACACCGUAUCCCUGGGCCAUGGCAGACGCUUCUUACCUGAAGCAGGUGCGGGAGCGGGAAGAAGAAUACACUGAAGAACGAACCAGGAGAGCGGAUAUCCUGAAAGCCAAUGAGCCCGACUUUUAUCCCAUAUGGGAAGAGAAUGAGCCCAAGUUGCCGCCUGUGUCGCCCGAAUUGCAAGCUCAGACGGAGCUGUUUAUGGAAAAGAAGCGGGCCAUGGCGCCUGUGAAACUGCCGCGUGACAGGACGAACUGGUACCAGUUGUAUACGGACAUUAAGGCGAAUGAGGACAAGCUGAAGGGACUGCGCAACAGGAAGAGGAUAUGGGGGACUGUAGGAGAAAUUGUGCAGAAUGUUAAGAAAUGCUGGGAAGAGGAGCUGGUUGAGAUUAACACGCCCUUUGCUGUGAUUGAGGUUGAUAGCUGA